GUAGCAUAGGAUUCCAGCAAUCUCACACCCACACAAAAGAAAGAAAGAAGAAUAACCCAAAGGUGCAAUCUUUCUAUUGAAAUCGAAACCUGAAUAGCGAUGCCGAGGCCAACUGAGGACAUGAUCCAGACCUACAUCAGCCUCACCGGCGCGUCUCACUCACUCGCGCUGCUAAAGCUCGAGGAACAUGGAGGCGAUCUCAAUGAAGCUGUGAAUGCACAUUUUAGGGAAGGAGAUGUACACAGUACAAGUCCUUCGUCUACUGCUCCCCCACAGUACAAUUUCCCUCAAGUGAGUAAUCAGAAUCAAGUAGCACCACAACAAGGACUUCUGCCACUUCUCUCUGUUGCUAGGAGUUUCAAGCCUUCAUUACUACUUGACCGUAGUUACAGUAGAGAUCUCUACAAUCGGAUUGGUUCUGCAUUAACUGGUCGGGCACCAUCACCUUCACACCCAGGAGAGGUAACUGGGGUUCCUGUAGGUUUCAAUGCCGGGAAUGAGCAGCCUUAUCUCUCAGGACAGAGGCCUACAAUUCCGGAUGUGGCAAGAACUGACUUGGACGCCUCAAGAUAUGGCAAUGAUGUGGAGGAAGAAAUGAUUCAAGCUGCUAUUGAAGCUUCAAAACGAGAAGCUGAAAUGGGUUCUCCGAAUGUGCGAAACAGUACUCCCAAUGUAUCUCCUGGUAAUGGGCUUCCGGUUGACAAAAUUCCUGAAGAAAAUUCAGAUUUUGAUCGUGCAGUUUCGUUGUCCUUGAAGACAGCAGAACAAGAGAAAGCAAUACGUGAGAUGCAGCUGAACGACAGGAAUCAAGAUCCAGGAGUUUAUAGUACAUGGAAGCAAGGAAGGUCAUCACAGCAAAAUGGAGCUGAAGUUGUAGAGCAGCAAUUAGUUAGUGAAGAGUCUAAGCGUGAUGGUGGUAGUCAUCUUCAGCAGGGAAAACUGGCAACUCACAGUGAUGAGUUGGGAAGCUUAUCUCCAAAAGAGCUUGACGAAGCAAUUAUGCUUGAGACUGCACUUUUUGGUAAAUCUCCAUACACUCCUAAUAAUCAGCCUAUAUAUGGCUCUUCCUCAUCCUCUCUAUCAGCAAGGCAAUUGCUCAGAGAACAACAGGAUGAUGAGUAUCGUGCAUCCCUCUUAGCUGAUAAAGAGAAAGAAAUGAAUGCUGUCAAUGAAGCUGCAACUUGUCAGUUGAAGGGAGAUGUCAACAAAAGAAUCGAGCCAAUGGAAUUUGAGAGAAGGCUAGAUGCAAAAAGUGCUUCACUUCCUUGUGAACCAGCACCAGAUGAUGAGAAUGCUGUGACUCUUCUUGUUCGGAUGCCAAAUGGCAGCCGCCUUAGCCGUCGCUUUCGCAAAUCUGACAAGCUUCAGCUUCUUUUUGACUUCAUAGAUGUUGGUAGAGUGGUGGAGCCUGGAACUUAUAGAGUGGUGAGGUCAUAUCCUCGGCAUGCUUUCACUGCCAAUAACAGCUUAUUAACAUUGAGAGAACUUGGCCUGACCAACAAGCAAGAAGCAUUAUUUUUGGAACUGAUUUAAUAGCCUAGUUUCCCCCCUGAAUCAUGAUCAGCUUCCAUAAGAUCAGACAGUUGAUACCAAGCUCUUUCUUGUAUAUAAGGUUUAAAGUCAUGUUGAAGAAGCCUAAAAAUUCCAUGCAGUACAGUUUAUGAUAUGAUUUAUUAGAAUUUAAUAUAGUAUAUUAAUGUCUAA